AUGCUGCCAGUGAAAAAAGCCGUGUCUCGCGCAGCACUGAUCCUCGGCCGUGCGGUGGCUCCAGCCGAGCAGCUAGCAAUGAUUAAAAAUUCAAGCGCAGAUCGUGAAAUCAAAGGUCUUCUGAGACAAUGUCUUAUCGCAGCGAUGAACUUCCAGUCAUCAAGUAAAGAAAAUCUGGAAAAAUCAAAGACACUCGUUCGGAAAACCGGAAGCACAUGCGAGAUAAGUUGCCGGUCUGCCGCAUUCACAGCUGCAUCGGCGAUGAAGUUGAAAAAAUGGAAUGAUGUCGACGAAAUGCUUCAGCUAACAACACUUUGUCCGCCAGCAAUAACGAGCUCAAUUCGUAUCAAGGCACUUGCAGAGCAGUCAAAGCUCGAUGAAGCUUUAUUGGAGCUCGAGAAGGUUCUGAUGUUUGAGGAGGAAGUUUUCUCGUCUGGGAAUUACAGUGUCAGCGAUGAAGCGCUGGAUUCCCUAUGCGAAGCGAUCAAAUCGGCGCCAGAAACCACGGAAAAGAUGAAAAAGUUCCGAAAUCUUCAGCGGAUCAUCACAAAAUACGGCCGGCGCACAAAAAAGACCAUCGAAGAGCUCCUUUUUAGCCCGAUUCACUUGGAGCAGCAACCAGAUGAAGCUCCGAGGAUUGUGGAUGAGAACUUUGUAAAGUCGCAGAAAUUCGAGGAUUUUGUGAAGAAAAUUCCCUAUUUGAAGGAUGAAAAACCGUGAAAAUUGAUAUAAAUCUUUAAUAUUUCUACUAAAAUUUAAAUAAAAAACA